CUCAUUUUGUCCUUUAGCUCUCCUCCAGACUGUGCAGCCUCUUGAUUCAUCACAGUUUCUGUAUCCGGAUGGUUCGAUUUUAACAUCAGCUUUCACUUUGUCAAUGUGAAACAAACACUUGUAUCAAGACAUGGCAACCAGACUUCUACAUCAUUAUCACAAUGAGCCUGAGCUCUUUGGCUCUUCAUCUCAUGCUAAAAGACAUUCUGCUGAAAGGGCGAUUUUAACUACUGUUCUCAGGCCUGAAAGAAGGAGCCAGUAUGGACGAGGAAAACCAGAACCAGGCAAGGAGGUUUUAUUUGGAAAUGAGAUGAAGACGGUUGAUGAAAACUACUACAAAGCUCAGAAACUCGUGUCAACAAAGGCUGAUCAUAAAGCGAUACGUCAGAAGGUGGAGAAAAGAGCAGAGGAGGAAAGGCAGCUUGCUGCUGACAUCGAGGCCCAUGCUCCAGAGUUUGUGCUUGGACUCAGGCCCCACACAGUCUGGGAGAAGAUGAACGUUAGCCUUUCCUGCAUUGUCCAGGGAGCACCUUCUCCUCAGGUUAAAUGGUAUAAGGAUGGAGUUCUGAUUCAACCAACAGCUGUUCCUGGCAAAUACACAAUUGAGAAUAAAAUUGGUUUACAGACUCUGGGGAUUAGUAGAUGCAGCCCAGAAGAUUCAGGCGAGUACUCUGCAGUUGCUACAAAUUCACAUGGAGAAGCUUUCUCCUAUUCUACAGUCCUUGUAAAUAAGCAUCAAGGCUUAGAUUCAGGAGGUGACUCUCUCAAGCUGGAAUCCAGUCAGCUUGAGCUGGAUGUUGAUAUUGUUGAUGGGUUUGAAACUUCAUUCGGUAAAGAAGGUGAUUCCCUGGCCCUGACCUGCAGCUUUUCAUCGCCUUUGACAGACAACCAGGAAGAAACCUGCUGGCUCAGGGACGGUAUUUUGCUGAAGGAAUCCAAGUGGAUAAAGAUUGAGCACUCCGAUAAAUUUACCAAGCUAACUCUCCCUCAGGUCCAUAAGGAAGAUGAGGGCCUCUAUACCAUGUGUCUUCUCACACGGACUGGAUACAAGGAGCACAGUAGAUAUGUCUUUGUUAGAGAUGGUCCGGCCGCAGAAGUCGGUGCUCCAGGUUCACCAUUAGAUGUCGAGUGUCACAAUGUUAAUAAAGACUAUGUGUUUGUUACCUGGAAACCACCCAGUGCUGAUGGAAAGAGUGCAGUGAUUGGCUAUUUCAUUGACAGAAUUGAAUUAGGAAGUAACAGGUGGAUUCAGUGCAAUGAAGUUCCUGAGAAAUUAUGCAAGUUUCCCAUUGUGGGCCUGUCAGAAAACCGGACGUAUCAAUUCCGUGUCAGAGCCAUCAAUGCAGCAGGGAUCAGCAGGCCUUCCCGGAUCUCAGACCCAGUGACCACAACUGACCCUACAGCAGGAGACAGAGUAAUGAAUAUCCAGACUGAUAUCGGAAUCAUUCUGAUUACUAAAGAUGAGCUUGAAGGGGAUGUCCGUAUUCCACACCCUCCGACUAAUCUGCAGGUCACAGAUAUCGGACAAACAUAUGCUGCCCUCUGCUGGAAGGAGCCUUGUCCCCGAGGCAGAGAACCACUGACAUACAUUGUGGAAAAGUCAGUAGCUGGGAGCAGCAGUUGGCAAAGAGUAAACUGUGAAAUUCCAGUGAGCUGCCCAAGGUUUGCUGUCUCUGACUUGGUCAAGGGCAAGUUAUAUUGCUUCCGAGUCCGAGCUGUCAAUAAGUACGGGAUCAGUGAGCCAUCACAGCCUUCUGAAACUGUUUCACUUGGAGAAACCCCAGCCACUCUUUCUCCUCCGCAUGAUGUUGUUGCCAUCAGGAACACAAGGACAUCUGUGAUGGUCCAAUGGAAAGGGCCUGAAGAUGAAACUGACCUCUUGGGUUUUUAUAUUUAUGCUUGUGAGGUUGGGACAAACAACUGGGAGACCUGCAACAAUAAACCUGUCAACUCAAAAAGUUUUCCAGUGCAUGGCCUUACUCCUGGAAAGAAAUAUGUGUUUCGAGUGAAAUCUGUCAGUCCAGCGGGACUCAGUGACUAUUCUGCUGAAUCUACACCCAUUGUGGUGAACAACCCCAUCUUUCUUCCAACAGCUCCUUAUGGCCUGACACAGCUGUCCUCUGGAAAAAACGAAAUGGUUAUCGGUUGGAAGGAACCGAGAUUUCCAAUUGGACCAGAGAUUUUAGGCUAUUUCCUGGAUUUCUGUGAUGCGGUAGAUGCUGAGUGGCAUGAAAUUAAUAUUAAACCUAUCAAAACAAAACUUUACAAGAUCCAAAACUUAACAGAAGGUUCUUUCUAUCAAUUCCGUGCCUUUGCAAUGAACUGGGCUGGUGUUGGGCAACCGUCUGAAGCCAGUGACCAAUUUAAAUGUGAAGAGUGGACUAUGCCAGAGCCUGGGCCACCUUUCGAUGUGAUAUUUGCUGAAGUACGCAGCUCCUCGCUUGUGCUUCUAUGGCAGCCUCCAGUAUAUACAGGGGCAGGCCCUGUCACAGGCUACAUUGUGCAGAUGUGUGAAGCUGAUUCAGAAGAGUGGAAAACCAUAAAUAAAGAGCCAACGCCGAAAACACACAUGAGGAUUUCUGACUUGGAAGAAGGCAAAACCUACACCUUCCGAGUGUUGGCAUUAAAUUCAGCUGGAAUUGGAUUACCCUCAUUGCCAUCUGACCCUGUUCUUACAGAAACUAGACCAGGCACCUCAGAGAUUGAUGUCGGUGUCGAUGAAGAUGGGAAUAUUUUCCUGGCUUUGCAGACCCCUGAGGCUUUUGAUACAUCAAAGUUUAUUUGGUGCAAGGAUUAUGAAGAAAUAUCAAGCCCUGAGAGAGUGCUGAUUGAAACAACUGGAGACACAUCUAAACUGAUCUUGAUUGAUCCUUCAGAAGAAGAUUUGGGUACUUACUCUGUCAUUGUAACCGGAACUGAUGGAGUUUCAUCUAGUCAUACUCUAACAGAUGAAGAGUUGCAGAAUCUAAAGAAACUGAGCCAUCAAAAAAGAAACCCGUUAAUUAAGGUGAAGUCGAAUUGGGCCAUUGAGCAUCUGGAGAAGGGUGCUGUUCGUCUCUGGUUGCAGGUUGAGAGUUUAUCACCAGCUGCGCAGUUACGGUUCAUCUUUAAUGAGAAGGAAGUUUCAAGCACUCCGACUCACAAGAUCAAUUUUGAUAAAGCCAAUGGGAUCAUAGAAAUGAUCAUUCAGAAGUUUUCUGAUGAAGAUGAAGGCUCCUACACUGCCCAGCUACAGGAUGGAAAAGCCAAGGGUCAGUUCACAUUGGUGCUGAUUGAUGAGAAGUUCCGAGAUACUUUAUCGCAGUCUGAUUUCCAGAAGAAUGAAUGGAAAAGAAAACAAGGGCCUUAUUUUGAGAAGUACUUGCGCUGGGAAGUGACUGAAGAAUGUGAUCUUCUUCUCACCUGUAAGGUGGCAAACACUAAGACCCAGACCAUUCUUGAGUGGUGCAAAGAUGGAAAAAAAAUCUCAAAUGUGACAUAUGAUCCUCAGACUGGUCUCAGUUCCCUUUCAAUCUCACAGGUCUCUAGGAAGGAUGAAGGAGUUUAUAAAGCAGUGGUGGCAGAUGAAAGGGGACGAGAUUCUAGUGUUCUUGAAUUGCUCAAUCAAGCAUUUGAUGACAUUCUCAAGGAAAUCUGCAGAACUGGUGGCUUUUCAGCAUCAGCAUUGAAAGUACAGGGCACAGCUGAAGGAAUAAAGCUAUAUUCUCUAAUAAAGUGUAACAUGGAAUUUAUGAAAAAGACCUGGUAUUUAAAUGAAAAAAGCCUGGAGUCUCAUGAAAGAAGGAGAAUGGGAUUUGAUAAUGAACACAUUUGGCUGCAGAUCUUCAAUCCAACUGAAGCAGACAAAGGGAAGUAUACCCUGGAUCUGUUUGAUGGUAAAGAGACACAUAAACGCAUCCUUAACUUAUCAGAACAAGUAUUUAGAGAAGCAAUAACAGAGCAUCAAAGACUAAAGCAGGCAGCGAUUGCAGAAAAAAAUAGAGCUAAAGUGGUCAAGGGUCCACCUGAUGUCGUUAACAUCAUGGAGGAUAAGGCUCUGUGUUUGUCCUGCACCAUUUCGGGAGAUCCCAUUCCGGAGGUAUUCUGGAUGAAAAAUGACCGUGCAAUCACUUCAGGAGAGCACUAUCAGGUUGCUGUCGACAAGAUGACUGUUAACUUCACCAUCCAACAGGUCACCUCUGAAGAUUCUGGAAAGUACAGCAUAUUUGUAAAGAACAAGUAUGGUUCUGAAACAGCUACUGUAACAAUAGGUGUCUAUAAACAUGGGGAAGAGUGAGUAAUUUUGAAAUGAAAUCUCUAGUUCAGGAUUUAGAAUAGUCCAGCAUUUAAGGUAAAAGGCUCACUGGUUUUAAAAAAAAAAAAUUUUUUUUUGUGAAAUAUUGAAUUCCAGAAUGUUAUAGUUUGUGGUGUUUUUUAGUGCUUUGGUUCUGAAAGUAAUAUGGAAAUUUGCAGCUGGUAUCGAGUGAGAUAGAAAUCAUUUUGAUGAAAUGAUGGAGAGCAGUAUCUCUCAGAAAGUGACAGAGAGUGACAGCAUUUCAGAAAAUCUAGGAAAUUGGGAGUAAAGACAGAGCCUGGGGAAGAUAAGUUUUGGGAAUAAAGAAAUUCUUCGGCAUCAAUGAAACUAUUUUCGAAAGAAAAUUGGAUGCACUUCAGCAAAGAGAAGAAGCUGAGAUUUGAUGAGAAUGCAACAACUGGGCUUUGGUGAGAAAUGUGUCAAAGGCUCUUUCUCGAUGCUAACAACUUCAACAAUCCUAGCUACCUUCUCAUUUUCCAAAUUGUGGGAGUUGGAUUUUCAUUUUAACAAUCUCAGCAUUAAAAAAUACUUGUCCAUGACGCAAAAGAGAAAAUCUGAUGAAAAGGAUCGUGUGCUCUUUAAUAACCUGUUCUAGAUUCACUUGCACUUGUUCCUGUGGAAGUAGAGAGGAAUAGGGUUAGGGUUAGGAUUAGAGCUGGGUUUAAGAUUAGAAUCAGGGGUAGGGUUAGGGUUAAGAGCAGCAUAGAUGUGUGUUGCUAAACCCAAGAACUGAAAGUGGCCACAGUCUUUGCUGACAGUUGUAGCUCAGGAAUCCUGAGUGGGAGUACAGGGAUUUUGAAAGGACAUCAUGACCUUUUCUCAAGUGUGCUGAAUGCUUAUCAAUACUUACUUUCCAAACAGUGUUUCACUGCUUUUAGUAAACCAAUCACUUCCACCGUACAAAUUUACGGCACAUGUAGGAAAUUUGUCCUGAUCAAAUAUACUACAUGCAUUCAAAAGCUCUCAAAUAUUGGCAUAGUGGAUUAGACACAGACCUUUCUCUGUGGGAUCUAGAUUAACAUCCAGCCCAAAUUAGUAGGAUGACAAUACACGUCGCUGAUUGUUUGAAUCCUACAAUAAAUAUGUUCGAAUGCUAUCGUUCCAAUUAAAGUGUAAAAACAAAUUACUGCAGAGGCUGGAAAUCAAACAAAAACUGAAGGGGCUGCUUUGAAAAGCUCAGCCGCUCAGGUAGCUUCUAUAGAGAGAGAAACAGAAUGUUGCAAGUUCAAUGAGACUCUUUCAAAGAAGAGUCCUUUUCUGCUUCUGCCACCACUGAUGUCACCAGAGCUGCUGUUUAUGUUUAUUUGGGUUUUUUUGUCUGCUUGGGUAUGGCCCCAUAUUAUCCAUUUCCAGCGAACACUGAUUGAGAGAAUGGAACAAAAUUGCACUAAUUGAGUGUGGCGUGUUCCAUGAAGGUGGAGUAUGCUUUUAGAGUCAUGUAGUCAUAGAGAUGUACAGCACAGAAACAGUAUGCUGUUAUGACAGGAUCAAGGAAACUAAUCUGCAGCAAAGCCUGCAAUAUCUAACCUGUGAUUGUCAAGUACUGAAUGUAGGUGUCUGAAACAAUGAGUGUUCCAUUCUCCAAGAUUAACAUUUUUACAUCUUUCUGAGCAAAACCCACACUUAACAUAUUAGAAAUUUUCAAAUUGCAACCCAGCUUAAAUAUCCAGGGUGUUGUGCCAAGUGAGCACUGAAUGAAAUUUGUUUCCCUACCUCAAAGGUUGGAGAUAGUGAUAGCACUCAACUGUGAAUGGACUUUAAUCUGAGCAGUAGUAGGCAAAAGUGAAGACUGCAGAUGCUGAAAACCAGAAUUUAAAUUAGAGU